CACUGCCCUGACAAGUGCAAGGGUUGAAACACAUUAGCGCGAGACCGUAAGCUAGCUGGCCCCCGGGGCAGCACCUCCACUACAGGGGACCUCACUACUCAACCCAGAAGGAGGACCCAUAGGCUGGGGAAAGGCAGCAGCAGAAGACAAGCAGAAGAAGUGCGUGAUAGACCUCCAGAGAGCCGGCGCUGGCUGCAGGUUGUAGAUGAUGUCCCUGGCAGAAUGACCGGACUCCCCGUGGGCUCCCUGCCAUCCAGCAUGUCCUCUGCAGCCGGUGUUGCGCGGGACGGGGCUGCGGGCGAGCGGGAACGCUCGGAGGAGCUGGACGAGCUGGUGCCUCUGGACAGACUCGCCAACGGGGGGGACUUCAGAGGGAAGUUUAGAAAGAUACGGCCGAGGAAGAGACCCACUAUCCUUGAAACGUCGCCCGUGGGGAACGGAUAUUCCAAGCCCCCCAUCGCUCCGGUCUGCAGUCCCCUGGGAGAGAAGGGCCCCCCAGCUAUGACACCCAUCAGUGUGGACCCCGAGAGCAGGCCGGGCGAGUUCGUCCUCAAGAGCCUGUUCGCCAACUUCACCAUCGCCUCAGAGCGCAAGAUACGCAUCAUCAUGGCAGAGCCACUGGAGAAACCAUUAACCAAAUCACUGCAGAGGGGGGAGGACCCACAGUUUGACCAGCUGAUCAACAGCAUGAGCUCCCUGUCCGAGUACUGCCUUCCCUCCAUCCUGCGCACGCUGUUCGACUGGUACAAGAAGCAGACGGGCCUGGACGAGGAGUAUCACGAGUACCGGCCCCGUGCCAACACCAAGCCCAAGAAUGAUGAACAACAGAAGGAUUAUUUACUUGAAAGGAGAGAUCUGGCCAUAGACUUCAUCUUCUCUCUGGUCCUCAUAGAAGUAUUAAAACAGAUGCCACUCCACCCUGUACUUGACAGUUUGGUUAAUGAGGUCAUUAACUUAGCCUUUAAGCACUUUAGAUACAAAGAGGGAUACCAUGGCCCCAACACUGGCAACAUGCACACGGUGGCAGACCUCUACGCUGAAGUCAUAGGAGUCCUCGCCCAGGCCAAGUUCCCGGCGGUGAAGAAGAGGUUCCUUAGUGAGCUGAAGGAGCUGAGGCAGAAGGAGCAGAGCCCCUACGUGGUCCAGAGCACCAUCAGCCUCAUCAUGGGUGUCAAGUUCUUCAGGAUCAAGAUGUACCCUGUGGAAGACUUUGAGGCCUCCUUCCAGUUCUUGCAGGAGUGUGCACAGUACUUCCUGGAGGUCAAGGACAGAGAUAAGGACAUCAAGCAUGCCCUGGCCGGCCUCUUCGUAGAAAUCCUAGUUCCCGUGGCGGCCGCUGUGAAGAACGAGGUGAACGUCCCUUGCCUGAGGAACUUUGUGGAGAGCAUGUACGACACGACCCUGGAGUCGUCCUCCAAGAAGAAGCACUCACUGGCCCUGUACCCGCUGGUCACAUGUCUGCUGUGUGUCAGCCAGAAGCAGUUCUUCCUCAGCCGGUGGCAUAUCUUCCUCGCCAACUGCCUCUCCAACCUCAAGAGUAAAGACCCUAAGAUGGCCCGCGUAGCGCUGGAGUCUCUGUACCGCCUGCUGUGGGUCUACAUGAUCAGGAUCAAGUGUGAGAGCAACACAGCCACCCAGGGCCGCCUCAGCACCAUCGUGUCCACCCUCUUCCCUAAGGGAUCUCGCAGUGUGGUGCCCAGAGACAUGCCACUCAACAUAUUUGUCAAAAUCAUCCAGUUCAUUGCCCAGGAGAGACUGGAUUUCGCCAUGAGAGAGAUUAUCUUCGACCUACUCAGUGUUGGAAAACCAGCGAAGGCCUUCAGUCUUAAUCCAGAGAGGAUGAACAUCGGUCUGCGGGCGUUCCUGGUCAUCGCUGACAAGCUGCAGCAGAAGGACGGCGAGCCCCCCAUGCCCAACACCGGCUGCACCAUGCCCUCCGGGAACACCCUGCGCGUCAAGAAGACCUACCUCAGCACCACCCUCACCGACGGAGAGGCCAAAGGCAUAGGCAUGUUCCAGUACUACUUCCAGGUGCGGAAGGCCAUCGACAGCAUGCUGAGACACCUGGACAAGGAGGUGGGUCGCUGCAUGAUGAUGACCAACGUCCAGAUGCUGAACAAAGAGCCUGAGGAGAUGAUCACAGGAGAGAGGAAGCCGAGGAUCGACCUGUUCAGGACCUGUGUUGCCGCGGUUCCCCGGAUCCUUCCGGAUGGGAUGUCCAGACCGGAGUUGGUCGACCUGCUCUCUAGGCUGACGAUCCACAUGGAUGACGAGCUGCGACUCAUCGCCCAGAACUCGUUGCAAAGUCUGUUGGUGGAUUUCCCCGACUGGCGUGACGACGUCCUGUUUGGCUUCACCAACUUCCUGCUGCGGGAGGUCCAGGACACCCACCAGGGCAUGCUGGACACCUCCCUCAAGCUGCUCCUGCAGCUCCUCGCCCAAUGGAAGCUGGCCUUGGUCGCCCCCGGGAGGAUGCAGGAAACGGCUAAGAUACACACGGCUGAGCUGUUACAGGGGGCCCCCGGCGGUGCCAGGGGCCCGGCCGAGCGGGGCUCUCACUCGGGCGUGCUGCACGCGGUGGAGGGCCUGGCCCUGGUCCUCCUGUGCUCCUGUCAGCUCAGCACGCGCCGGCUGGCGGUCUGCAUCCUCAGGGAGGUGCGCUGCCUCUUCAUGGCCCUGGGGCAGACGGAGGAUGACAACAAACCGAUGAUUGAAAUCAUGGACCAGCUCAGCCCUGUGAUCCUUCACAGCUUCAUCAACGUUGCCGUGUCCGACACGGCCUCGGUCCCGCCGGGCCACAGCGUGGACCUCCAGUGGCUGGUGGAGUGGAACGCCCUGCUGGUCAACAACCCCUACGACGUGCGGAGCCCCUCCCACGUCUGGAUCUUCGCCCAGUCCGUCAAGGACCCCUGGGUGCUGUGCCUCUACAGCUUCCUCCGUCAGGACAACCUGCCCAAGCACUGCCCCACCGCCCUCAGCUACGCCUGGCCCUACGCCUUCACCCGCAUGCAGCUGCUCAUGCCCCUGGUCGACCCCAACAACCCGGUGUACGCCAAGAAGACCAGCACGUCUGCGGGCGGCGACGGCUACGUGACGCUGUGGAGGAACUACCUGAUCCUGUGCUUCGGCGUGGCCAAGCCCAGCAUCAUGAGCCCCGGCCACCUGAGAGCCUCCACGCCCGAUGUCGCCGCGGCAACCAGCGCGGGCGACAGCGCUGGCGGCGGCGUCGGCGUCCUCCUCCACGAUAACAAGGCCAUCGGCAGCCCGUCCGUGGCCUGGCUCCUGAAGCAGCUGGCUCCCCUGAUGAGGGCCGAGAGCCUGGAGCUGACCGAGGCUCUGGUCCUCAGCUUCGGCCGCACCAACUCCCUGAUCUUCAGAGAGCUGGUGGAGGAGCUGCAUCCCUUGAUGAAGGAAGCACUGGAACGGAGACCCGAGAACAAGAAGCGUCGCGAGCGCAGAGACCUGCUGAGGCUGCAGCUGCUGAGGAUCUUUGAGCUGCUGGCCGACGCCGGAGUCAUCAGCGACAGCACCAGCGGGGCCCUGGAGCGGGACAGCCUGGCCCUGGGCGCCUUGUUCCUGGAGUACGUGGACAUGACCCGCAUGCUGCUGGAGGCGGAGAACGACAAGGACGCAGAGAUCCUGAAGGACAUCCGGGCCCACUUCAGCACCAUGGUGGCCAACAUGGUGCAGUGUGUCCCAGUGCACCACAGACGCUUCCUAUUCCCCCAGCAGAGUCUUCGUCACCACCUCUUCAUCCUCUUCAGCCAAUGGGCCGGCCCGUUCAGCAUCAUGUUCACCCCCCUGGACCGCUACAGCGACAGGAACCACCAAAUCACCAGAUAUCAGUAUUGUGCCCUGAAGGCCAUGUCGGCAGUGCUGUGCUGCGGCCCUGCGUUUGAUAACGUUGGCCUGUCGCCAGACGGCUACCUCUAUAAGUGGAUGGAUAACAUACUGGCCUGCCAGGACCAGCGGGUCCACCAGCUGGGCUGUGAGGUGGUCAUCCUGCUGCUGGAGCUCAACGCCCAGCAGGUGCACCUCUUCAACUGGGCGGUGGACCGCUGCUACAAUGGCUCCUACCAGCUCGCGUCCGGCUGCUUCAAGGCCAUCGCCACCGUGUGUGGCAGCAGGAACUACCCAUGUGACCUGGUGACCCUGCUGAACCUGGUGCUUUUCAAAGCGUCUGACUCCAGUAGGGAAAUCUAUGAGAUUUCCAUGCAGCUAAUGCAGAUUCUUGAGGUUAAGCUGUCUGUUUACUCUAAGAGGAUUGGGGAGCAGAAGGCCAGCAGUAUACUGUACGGGACCCACCGGCCCCUUCCACCUCUCUACAGCGUCUCUCUAGCCCAGCUCUCCUGCCAGCUGGCUAGGAUGUACCCCGAACUCACCCUGCCUCUGUUCUCAGAGGUGAGUCAGAGGUUCCCCACCACCCACCCCAAUGGCCGGCAGGUCAUGCUCACCUACCUCCUGCCCUGGCUCUCCAACAUAGAGCUGGUGGACCAGGGCCUGCUCUCCCCCCUCUCCCCUCUCUCCCCCCUCUCCACGCCCAGCAGCCCAGAGUACGAGGCCUCUCCGGGGGACGCUGGUCUGGGGGGCUCCCACCACCAGCUCAUGGGCAGCGGAUGGGGGUCCCUGCAGGCCACCUCCAUGGUCCUCAACAACCUAAUGUUCAUGACCGCCAAGUACGGAGACGAUGUUCCCGGGCCGGAGAUGGAGAACGCCUGGAACUCCCUGGUCAACAACCAGCGCUGGGGCCAGAACCUGCGCACCGCGCUGCAGUUCCUCAUCAGUCUGUGUGGAGUCAGUAGCGACACCGCCCUGCUGCCCUACAUCAAGAAGGUGGUGGUCUACCUGUGUCGGGACAACACCAUCCAGACGAUGGAGGAGCUGCUGUUCGAGCUGCAGCAGACGGACCCCGUCAACCCGGUGGUCCAGCACUGUGACAGCCCCCCCUUCUACCGCUUCACCGCCACGGGCAAGCCCCCCUCUGGGGCUUCAGGCACCACAUCCAGCAACAACACGGUGGUGGCUGGCCAGGACGGCUUCGCCGACGCGGACGAGACCAAAGCGUCCAAGGAGAGCGAGGAGAGGCUCAGCCACAUCAAGCGCGCCCACAACCGCCUGGAGUCGCGCUACAGCAACAGCUCCGGGGGCUCCUACGACGAGGAGAAGAGCGACCCCCUGCCCCCCUACGCCGCAUGGCUGGUGUCGGUGGUGGAGACCAACCAGCCCCACCCUCUGCCCAUGCCUUCCAACGGAGGCUGCUGGGUCCCACUGGUGGACUUCCUGCCCGAGACCACCAUCCCCCCACGAGGACCCCUGCACAGGUGUAACAUCGCCGUGCUCUUCAUGACGGAGAUGGUGGUGGACCACAGCGUCAGAGCAGACUGGGCCAUCCACCUGCCCCUGCUGCUGCACGCCUUGUUCCUGGGCAUGGACCACUGCCGCCCAGAGGUGUUUGACCACAGCAAGCGUCUCCUGCUCCACCUGCUCAUCACCCUGUCCUGCAACAACAACUUCCAGGGCAUCGCCCCUGUGCUGCUGCAGAGCCGGGAGGUCAACGCCAGCAGAACCCUGACAAGCCCACCCAGCUUCCAGCCGGAUGGCUCCGCCACAGGUGGAGGCUUUGACUUCCUGAGGGAGGGCCAGGGGUCUCCGGUCCCGGACUCGGGUCUGAACUCCUCCUCCACCUCCUCCAGCCUCAGCCUCGGGGGGAGCACCAGCAACCUGCCCGACAUGUCCCAGGAGGAGCUGGACUCAUCCGGCCAGCUGGACCACAAGACCAACAAGCUGAUCGAGUUCCUCACCACCAGAGCCUUCGGACCCCUGUGGUGCCACGAGGACAUCUCACCCAAGAACCAGAACUCCAAGAGCACCGAGCAGCUCACCAACUUCCUGCGCCACGUCAUCUCCGUGUUCAAGGACUCCAAGUCAGACGUCCACCUGGAGCAGCAGCUGAGCGAGGUGGCUCUGCAGACGGGUCUGAGCAGCUCCUCCCGCCACUACGCCAGCCGCUCCUUCCAGGUGUACCGGGCCCUCCGCCAGCCCCUCUCCGCCCACGCCGUGUCCGACCUGCUGUCCCGGCUGGUGGAGGUGGUGGGGGAGCACGGGGAGGAGGUGCAGGGCUACGUGCUGGAGGUCCUGCUGACUCUGGAGUCGGUGGUGGAUAACCUGGCCGAGUGUCUGAAGAACCAGGACCUCCUGGCCCUGCUGACCCGAGCGUCGUCUCCUGACUUCCUGGGCGGCGGCAGCGGCGGCGGGGGCGCGCGGUUGAUGUCGAACCGGAAGAGCACGGGCCAGCUGAACCCGCGGCGCUGCGACCGGAGCCGGCACCAGCGCAGCUCCUCGGUGCCCAAGAAGUUCGGCGAGGCGGACCGCUCGUGCUCGGACCCCCCCCGGAGCGCCACCAUGGACCGCCUGCAGGCCUGCUUCGCGCACGGCGGCGGCGGCGGCCCGGCCAAGCCCGCCCACAGCCCGCUGUCCUCGUCGGCGGACAACCUCCACGACCCCUCCAACGCCAACCACCCCAGCAACCUGCUGGCCACCAUCUUCUGGGCGGGCGUGUCGCUCAUGGAGUCGGACUUUGAGUUCGAGUACCAGAUGUCCCUCCGGCUGCUGAGCAAGCUGCUGGCCCAGGUGUGCCUGGAGCAGCCGGAGAGCCGGGAGAAGCUGGAGAAGAUGCAGGAGCAGCUGAGGUGGAGCAGCUUCAGGGGGCUCCAGCAGCUGCUGCUGAAGGGCUUCACCUCGCCCUCCACCACCGAGCUCACCCUGCACAUCUUCUGCCAGCUCACGCCCGUGUGCCGCGUGCCCGUGGUGGACGCCUCCCAGACCAUAGGUUUCCCCCUGAACGUCCUCUGUCUGCUGCCGCACCUCGUCCAAAACUUUGACGGCCCCACGCUCUUCUGCCAAGACGCCGCCCAGAGGAUAGCACAGGUGUGUCUGGAGGAGAAGAACGCCAAGCUGUCCAACCUGGCGCACGUGAUGACCUUGUACAAGACCCACGCCUACACGCGGGACUGCUUCUCCUGGGUGAACGUGGUGUGCCGAUACCUCCACGAGGCCUUCCCGGACAUCACCCUCAGCAUGGUCACCUACAUGGCCGAGUUGCUGGAGAAGGGACUUCCCAGCAUGCAACAGACACUGCUGCACAUCAUCUACAGCCUGUUGAGUCACAUGGAUCUGGCUGGAAUCCAGGCCAAGCCGUUCAACAUGGAGGUGCUGAAGACAAUCGAGAAAUUUGUACAGACGUCCCAUUGGAGGGAGGCUCUGAACAUCCUGAAGCUGGUGGUGUCGCGCUCAGCCAGCCUGGUGCAGCCCUCCGGCCCCCCCAGCGAGCCCGGCCCCCUGGAGCCCCCCGGGGCCCGGCUAUGGGACCGCGCCUCCAAAGCCCUGCCUGGGAAGACCCUGCACUUCCACUUCGACAUCUCGGAGACGCCCGUCAUCGGGCGGCGCUGUGACGAUCCCCGCGGGUCCCCGGGCUGCGACGGUAAGAGCCGGGCCCUGGCCGUGACCCGCAGCACCUCCUCCACCUCCUCCGGCUCCUCCUCCCAGCCCGUCCUGGUGCCCGUCAGCUGGAAGAGGCCUCAGUCCUCCCAGAAGCGAACUCGGGAGAAGCUGGUGGACGUGUUGUCUUUAUGUGGACAAGAAGUUGGACUCACCAAGAACCCUUCAGUGAUCUUCUCCAGCUGUGGGGAGCUGGACCUGAUGGAGCUGCAGCCCAGCUUGGUGUCCUCCUCUGAUGGCACCAGAGACCCGGACAACAUGGAGGACACCUGCUCCGAGCAGCAGUUCAGGGUGUUCCGGGACUUUGACUUCCUGGACGUGGAGCUGGAGGACGGAGAGGAGCUCCAGGGGGAGAGCGUGGACAACUUCAACUGGGGGGUGCGGAGGCGCUCCAUGGACAGCCUGGAGCAGGGCGAGACCCCGGCCCUGGAGGAGAGCCUGCAAGCCGCCAGCCUACCCAGCCUGGACCUGCUGGCCCGGGGGGACCGGGAGUCUGGAGACUCCUCCUCAGAGGAGGAGGACGACUCCCUCUCGGCCAGCCAGGGCCUGUCCCACUCUCAGCUGACAGUCCACCUCUCUCAGUCGGCCGAGAGUGCCAGCGGUGACUCUCUGAACGCCUCCUUCGACGCGUCUCCCCCUGCUCCUCCUCCUCCUCUGUCCUCGGAGCCUGGGAGCCUCCCUGCUCCUCCUCUGGGCUCCAGGGGGCCCAGCCUGGAGGUGCAGACGGCCGGGGACCAGCCCAAGCCGCGGUCGACGGCGUUGUCGACAGCGGACGAAGACGCCGGCGUCCACGAGGAGCGCUACUCCCUCUCCAUCGCCGACAUCCCCCUGGAGUACCGGGGCGGAGACGUGUUCUCCCUGGACCGGUCCCAUCCGGACCGCGCCGGGGGGGCGCUGGACCUGCGCGCCACGCCCAGCCAAUCAGAAGAGAGGAGGGACGACACGCUGCAGUCCAGCCGUUCCUCGCCGCCGCCCUCGCCGUUCUUCUCCGCCAUCUUGGCGGCGUUCCAGCCGACGGCGUGCGACGACGUGGAGGAGGCGUGGCGGCGGCACCUCAGCCAGCUGGUCGCCGACAGCGACGGCUCCUGCGCCGUCUACACCUUCCACCUGUUCUCCUCGCUCUUCCAGAAUAUUCAGAACAAGUUCUGCUCCCUCACCUGCGAGGCUGUGAGUUACCUUGGCGACGGACUCCGGGGCAUCGGAGCAAAAUUCUCCCGGUCUUCCCAGAUGCUGACCUCGUGCUCGGAAUGUCCAACGCUGUUCAUCGACGCGGACACUAUCAUGUCGUACGGUCUCCUUGAGAAGAUGAAGUUCAGCGUGCUGGAGGUCCAGGAGUAUCUGGACACCUACAACAACCGACGAGAUGCCACCAUUUCCUGGCUGAGCGACUGUAAGACUACAUUUCCCAGAGUCACUGAGGGCGUCUCCAUUAAUCACCAACCAGAGGACGAGAAGGACAAGCACAUGGAAUCAUUGGCACAACUAGAGCUCUGUCACCGGCUCUACAAACUCCACUUCCAACUCCUGCUGCUGUUUCAGUCGUACUGCAAGCUGAUUGGCCAGGUCCACACAAUCAGCUGUAUCCCUGAGCUGAGCAACAUUUCCUCCGAGCUGAACGACCUGGAGAGGGGGCUGAGGGGGGCGGCGGCCUCCGUGACCAGCGAGGCCCAGGACCCCCCGGACGGGUACGGCCCCGAGCCCACCUUCAGCUCCUCUGAGGAGGCCGUGCAGAGCGUCCUGGAGGGCCUGACCAACCAGCACUUCCCCUCCGCCCUGCGCACCAUCCGGGAGUGCAGGAAGGCGUGGCCGAGCGACAUCUUCGGCAGCGCGUCGGAGGACGAGGUGCAGACGCUGCUCAACAUGUUUUUCCGGCACCAGGCGCUGGGCCGGCCUGGGACCUUCGCCCUGGUGGGCUCCCUCCGGGACCUCACCCGGGUCUGCGGGGAGCUCACGGAGCUCAACGCCGAGAUCCGGGACCUGGUCCGCCGCACCCAGGGCUUCCGCGCCAUCGCCGCCUUCCUGCCGGACUCCAACGUAUGACCUUUGACCCCCGGGACGGUCCAGGGUUAGGGUCAGGGCUCCGUGAGGUUGACGGCUCGGAGGACCACGGACCCUCGUCCUGUCAGCUUCUUGCUCCGAUGUUCAAACGCUCCCAAACGUCAGGGUGUCGAGACGCUGUCUUUAUCUUUUGGGGGUCGGAUAUUGUUGUCGUUAUGCAUGAGACUAACACCGUCGUCUUCUGUUCGAGAUGUGGGGGAAACGUGAGACCCAACACGAUGCUGUGGCGUAAUGUGAUCCGAGGAUCGGGCUUCGUCUUCCGACUGGUUUAUUCGUGAGGUCAGAGAUCGGAAGUGGUUCGGGUCGUCCAGGGAGCAGCACUGGUUGGGCUCGUCGCCCCUGAGAGGCUUUACUCGUCACCGAGACGCCGAGGCUUUCAUUGCACUAAGAGUAGAUGAUGUCACAAGAUGGCCGCCACCCACGGGGCCAUCGGAUGUUAACGUUUUUACAUUCUACGACGAUGUACCAAAGUUUUAAGUUAUUUUCUUUCAACGCUGUUGUUUUUACUUUGUCCAGGGACACGUGCAAUGCUUUUAGAAAAAAAGACCUAUAUUGUAUCAUUAAGAAAACAGUUUGUUGUUGUUGUUUCAGGGCUCUGCGCUUACAUGAGAGUAGUAGGAAUAGAGUUGUGAUGUCAUUUCAAAGUGUGUGCGUGUGUGUGUGUAAGUAUGUGUGAACGUGUAUGUGUGUGCGUGUGGGUCUCCAAUGCUGAUCACAGAACAAUGUACAUACUGUAUCUCACAGCGUUGACAUGCUGCAUCGUCUACUGUACGUCUCACCAACUGAUUCCUUCUACUUCAACCAUAGAAUAAUGUUAUCAUGAUAUUGAUGACAUCAUCACACAUAACGGCUCCUUCCUGCUUGGUGGCUGCCAGCACAUAUUAUGAAAGGAUUUUUAAACAUAAAUUGCAUUAAUGUACCUGCUUUCCCCUUCCAGAGCUAGUUUUAUAGAAGAGUGUAGUUCCAUCUGGGAAAUAACAUGCCAAGCGUGAAGAAUUGUAUGUACUAUAAGAUGGCAAUAGUAAUAUUUAUAAACGUUUAAACUAUAAAAUAUAAACUAUUUUGACUGAAACUAAAUGUACAUAUUGCGAUGAGGGCUGGCUCAGGCUUACAAGAAGAUUGUAUUUUUAUGAGUUUAUUUGCUUAGUGAAGGACAGCGUGUUUGUACAGCUUUGAUAUGGAUUAUCGCCCCGGCUUUUCAUCAUGUAAAUACUGUACUUCUGCCUCUACUGCGAUGUGUUGUGUUCUCUACACCUCUGUAACAAUAAAGAGUAAAGACUAGAUUUGUUAA